AUGAUUGCACCAACCGCUCCUGCAUACAAGCUUCCGAAGGAGUUUCUUUGGGGCUUCGCUACUGCGAGCUUCCAGGUCGAGGGUUCCCUCGACGUCGACGGUCGCGGGAAGUCCGUAUGGGACGAGUUCUCGCGCCAGCCGGGCAAGACCCUGGACGGGCGGGACGGUGACGUUGCGACGGACUCGUAUAAACUUUGGAAGGAAGACCUCGACCUACUUGUGUCGUACGGUGUCACGUCGUACCGCUUUUCGAUAGCGUGGUCUCGCAUCAUACCACUUGGCGGGCGGAACGAUCCCGUCAACGAGCAGGGAAUUCAGUUCUACUCAAAUCUUAUCGACGCCUUACUCGCGCGAGGUAUUGUACCGUUCGUGACAAUAUACCACUGGGAUCUUCCUCAAGCUCUGCACGACAGGUACGGCGGCUGGCUGAACAAGGAGGAGAUUGUGAAGGACUACGUAAACUACUCCCGAAUUUGUUUUGAGCGCUUCGGUGAUCGCGUGAAGUAUUGGCUGACGAUGAAUGAGCCGUGGUGCAUCUCAGUCCUCGCGUACGGACGCGGUGUCUUCGCUCCCGGACGGUCGAGUGACCGAAUGCGCUCCCCUGAGGGCGACUCGUCGACGGAGCCGUGGAUCGUCGGACAUAGUGUCAUCUUGUCGCAUGCGUAUGCUGCCAAAUUGUACCGCGAGGAAUUCAAGCCGCACCAGGGCGGGCAGAUCGGUAUCACGCUCAACGGCGACUGGUCCAUUCCGUACGAUGACAGCCCGCAGAACAUUGAAGCAGCGCAGCAUGCGCUCGAUGUUGCAAUAGGUUGGUUCGCUGACCCCAUAUACCUCGGGCAUUAUCCGGAAUAUCUGCGCACGAUGCUGGGAGAUCGCUUGCCGGUCUUCACCGCAGACGAACUGGCAGUCGUAAAGGGGUCGUCGGAUUUUUAUGGGAUGAACACCUAUACGACGAAUUUGUGCAAGGCCGGUGGGGACGAUGAAUUCCAGGGAAAGGUGGAAUAUACAUUCACCAGGCCUGACGGAACGCAGCUCGGUACCCAGGCCCACUGUGCUUGGCUCCAGGAUUAUCCUGAAGGAUUCCGUGACCUUCUGAACUACCUCUGGAAGCGGUACCGCAAACCAAUUUACGUCACAGAAAACGGCUUCGCCGUCAAGGACGAGAACAACAAGCCGGUCGAGGAGGCGCUGUCCGAUGCCGACCGCGUGCAGUAUUUCCGCGGAACGACCACGGCUCUACUAGCUGCUGUGGCGGAAGAUGGCGUGGAUAUUCGGGCAUACUUCGGGUGGAGUUUGCUUGACAACUUUGAAUGGGCGGACGGCUACGUUACGCGGUUUGGAGUGACAUACGUUGACUAUGAGACGCAGAAGCGGUAUCCGAAGGCUUCUGCAAAAUUUAUCUGUCAGUGGUUUAAGGAGUAUGUAGAGAAGGACGAGCUACCGAUGGACGACGGCACAUCACGCGUGGAACCCGAGAGGAUUGGGGCCGGGGACGCACUUCUCGGUGGGUCGCCGAAGACGAAGAAGUCUCCGUUCGCGCGGUUGACAGCUCGGGUGUCCGCAUUGCUGGGGGAGUGCCUGGGGGCAGGAUGUACCCCGGAUGUGCUUACGGAAGCAUGGAGGUUGUCGGGGACGCCGAGCACGCCCGACUUGCGAGGGGAUACCAUGUCCACAUAUUCUGCGGAUCCGGGCCACGCCGAUGCUCCUGCUAGGCCUGAUUCCACCGACGCGCCCGUUCAGCACGCCGACAUCUCCUCCGCCGUCGACCACGACUCUAACGACGGCCCAGGCAAGAAGAAGAAGGGCCCUAAGCGUCGGAAGGUCAACCAUGCCUGCCUCUACUGCCGCCGCAGCCAUAUGACCUGCGACGAAGGACGGCCCUGUCAGCGCUGUAUCAAACGCGAGAUCGGUCAUCUGUGUCACGACGAGAAGAGACAGUCAGCGUCGACCAAGGAGAAGUCGACCCCCGCGACGGAACACACCAUUCCAAACCCACCGGUGGAUGUCGCGCGGGCAGCACCCGCAGAGACACCACAAUUCAGCUCACCCUCGAUGUCCGCGAGCAUGAACUCAUGGCCCGGCAUGGGCCUCAGCCUUGCCCAGAACGCCUUCCUAUACCAACCCGAAAACGAAUUCUCCGUGCUCUCAGACUUCCUCGAGUCGCUCGACGACGGCUCCUUCUUUAGCCAGCCGACCGGCGCCGGCUCCUCAUUCAUGUCGCCGCCCCCCUACACCAACUCGGUCCCACUCUCCGUCGACAAUGCAUACCUCGCGAACCCGCAGGAGCCCGCUGCGCCCGAGAAACCACCUGAAGAACCCGCGCCGAUCGUUCUUCCCGCGGCGACAAAGACGGAAAAGUUCUUCCUCACGGCGGCGGACCAGGCGUCGGGGUCCCGCAAUGAGCGCCUCAAUAUGGUCAUUCGCAGCAAGUACGAGGCCGGCCUUCUUAAGCCGUACAACUAUGUCAAGGGAUACGCCCGGCUGUCCCGCUGGAUGGACCGAAACGUGUCUCUCGAGUCGAAACAGAAGAUUCUGCAGCCGUUGUCGGUCCUGCGGCCAAAGUUCAGGGCCAUCGCACAAUCCGAGUCAUUAACGGAUAUCGAUCUUGUCUUCAUCGAGGAAGCCUUCGAGCGAUUACUGCUCGACUACGACCGUGUGUUUUCUGCUAUGGCCAUCCCCGCGUGCCUAUGGCGACGUACGGGCGAGAUCUACAAGGCGAACCGCGAGUUCGCCGAGCUAGUGGGCGUUGAUGGGUACAUGCUGCGAGACGGUCGGACGUGCAUAUACGAGCUCAUGGCGGAGGACUCCGCAGUGAACUACUGGGAGAAGUAUGGAAAUGUGGCGUUCGACUCGAACCAGAAGGCGGUGCUGACGUCUUGUGUGCUACGAUACAAGCCCCUACUACCCUCCUCGUCGGCGUCGUCGACGCCCGCGCGGGGGAAGGAGCGGGCGGGUGCGCCGAGUGAGGAGGGCUUCAUCAGCUGUUGCUUUUCGUUUACGAUACGCCGGGACCCGUAUGGGAUCCCGACGCUGAUUGUGGGUAAUUUCAUCAAGUGUUGA